CUCACCCCCUCCCCCAAAAUAGAACGAACAUUACGUAAGAGAAGAAGCUACAGAAUUAAAGCUACUGCAUCACAUAGCGAUAGACAGAAAAUAAAACAGGGGUGCUGUGUAAAGGGGGGUGUUGCCAAUCAAGCAGCGGUGGGUUGACCUUUGGUCUGCGUCGCGAGCUCCUGACCACUCCUCUGCGAGCGGAUGGUUGGACGAGUUGGAAUAGCGGCGCGCGCUGUCUUCGAAAUAGAGGGGAGAUAUUGCGGUGAAUGAUUUUUCCUAACAGUGCUGGUUCGCGAGGUCUGCGCGUCGCACGAGUCUACGGACGGCGCCUCGACGAAUCGAAGAUCGGCGUGCAUGGUUAUCCAUCGCCGUAAAGAAACUCGAUUUUCGACCGUGGUCAAUAUUCGGUUUUUAUGGACAGUGUUUUUGUUUCGUUACUCUUUAUAGUGUUUCUCUGGAUUCUAUAGAAGACUGGAAUAUGAGUUGAGUUGUAAUUUAUUGCUAAGGAUGUUAAUGUUUGUAUAAAAAAAAAAAGUAAACAGAAGUAAGUGAAAUUCAUUCAAAACUGUGUGAACAAUUUUUGUUGUUGUGAUAAGAUAUUUCGUUAAGAAGAAUAAAUAAUCUCUCAUUAAUGUUAAUUAGUGAUAAGAAAAAAAUACUUCCUUUUCGCUAGUCAAGCAUAAUACUGUUUUAAAAACAACUGUCAUUAAAUUCACUAGUCAAGUUGUGGAAAUUCAAUUGAUUAAAAACUAGGCACUAGUCAUUUUCACCAAGAAAUAUACAAACAACCCCAUUAAAUAUUCAUAAUCAACCUCAAUAUCUGUUCAGCUUAUUUAUUAAAAUAUAAAUAAAAUUGAGAAAUUUCAGUAAUUUUAAAGCUUCCUUUAUACUGAAAGAAACAAAGAAUUUUAAACCAGAACCAGCAAGUAAACAAAUCAAGUACUCAACAAUUGUUUUUCACCAAAGUUAAGCCUAAUUCUGUUUAAUAAAUAUACAAAAAGCAUCAAUUAUAUACUAAAAACAGGGAAAAUUAUAAAUAUUUCCUGAAACAUUUUUAAGUGCAACAAUAAAACAUGGAACAGAAAAACUGGAAAAAUCCCGGAAACUGUCAAAAAAUGUUUUAAAAGAAUCCCGAAAGCCGGUGUGAUUUUUUUCCCAUCAUGCAUUUGGAGCGGACAUGAUGUUUUGAAAGGAGUUGUAUUUCUCCGCAAAAUAGGCGGAGAAAAAUGUGAAGAUUUGAAAGUACUUGGACAUCUAGUUCGGAGGACUAGUUUCGUUUCUGUUUUGUUUAUUUUUUUAUUAUUUGUGUACUGUUUCGUUUUUGUUUUUGCACCUUCAUCAACAAAUGACUUCUGCUUCUGGCCAUGUCUCGUAGGAAACAGGAAAAUCCUCAACCUAGAAAGAGAUUGAUAAAUGUUGAAGCCGAACUACUGCAGGACACACUGACAUGCGGCUCCUGCCAGAAAGUGUUCGUCCUUUCCGAGAUUGUUAAAUUCAUCCAACACAAAGUAAACAGUUGCAACAAAGAGAACAAUUUCAUCAUACUGGAAGAUGAAGGUCCCGUGGACUUCGACAGUGAUCGCGAGGACAAUCCCCCUCAAUCUCUGGUGUCUGGCUCCAAGGCACCAAGCAUCUCUGCACCCAUUUGCAACAGGAAAGGACUCCAUCAUCAACACCAUCAUUUGCACCGAAGUCGAAAUAGGGCAGAAAAAAACCUUGCAUUGCCCAAUUCACCGAGCAAUUACAGGUUCGGUGAAAGGGGCCCACAAGAAAAUCGAACAAAUAUAUUCAAAAAAGAAAUUGAAGAUGGAAAGACCAUGCUCAAGUUGGAGCCUGGGACCAACGAUGAAGCAAAGGAUUUGUCCUUACGAAGCAGUCCAAAGGUUAUGGUCAAUGCCUAUACGAACACCAUCAUCACUGAGCCAAGUACCUACACCUGCAGUACAUGCAAGCAAACCUUUACUUCAGCGUGGGUGCUAGUACAACAUGCCCAACACAUGCAUGGAAUGAAGAUUUACCUUGUUACUCCUUACCAUGGCAGUCGCAAUUCAUCUUCAUCUUCCGUUCAACCUACUGGUCCACCACCUUCCCUCAUCAAUAGCAGUAGUUCUCUUGGAAUUCCUCUUCCCCCGGUGUUACCUCCAUGUUCAACCAUGAACGGCCCCAGUCACCAUCAUAAUGCCCACCAUCAUAAUGUUUUACCUCAACAAGCACUAUCGUUAGAAAAUCAUCCAGCUUUACAACUCUUGAGAAUGCCUCUCGGAGAAAGACAAUUUCCUCCUACAUCGCUCAAUCCGCCGAAUAUAUUUGCUCGACCUUCUAGUCAAGACUUCCGAGUUGAUAUUUUAGCCACAUCAUCAUCCACAAGUGGGAACAGUAACAACCCUGAUGGUAAUCAACAAUUCCAUCGUCUAAACCAUCAUCAACCACAUCCACCACCACAUUCUGCUCCUUCUUUACCGGGCUUAGGCAUUGGUAACUUUGAACCACACAAUCCUUUUAUUGACAGGGGUCCUCUUGGUAUUGAUACCAGACACAGACCACCUCCAAUGAGCUUAGGCUUUGAGCCACAAAUGGACUUUUACUCGCAAAGACUAAGGCAACUAGCGGGAGCCACAAGUCCGACAACAGUGGCAGCCUCCCCUAGAAAAUUAACCCCACCUUUCACACAUCCUACAAUGUCUUCCUCGUCACAACCUUCAACUCCUACUUCUACGCCUCAACCGGCGCUAAACCUUCACAAUUCUUCCAGUGGCAAUAUCACUCCUGCUCCAAGUCAUCAGCACAAUAAUAAUCAAGCUCAUUCGGGAUCUUCCGCUUCUUCAACAAGUAGCAAAGGUGGUGGCGCUACAGAUGCUGCUGAUGGCUCCCCUAAGUUGCUCAAAUCUUGGUCAUGUGAAUUCUGUGGAAAAGCUUUCAGAUUCCAAAGCAGCCUGACUGUGCAUAGACGAUCCCAUACAGGCGAAAAACCUUAUAAAUGUCUAAUUUGCAAACAUACCUGCAGUCAAGCUAGCAAACUGAAAAGGCACAUGAAAACGCACCAAGGUAGUAACGGGAAAAUGACAAAUGCUUCUGAAAAUAAUAGUCUUGAAUCACCUCGAUCAACUCCUGAUUCAACUUCUGAGACAGGCAAAGAGAGAGACAGACAAGUUGGGAGAAGCCUCGAUGAUGAGGAAGAUGCAUCAGAUGGUCAGACAGCCGAUAAUGAGGAAGACGAAGAAGAUUUAGAUGAUGAAGAUGAAGAAGAGGAAGAUGAAUUAGAUGACGAAGAAGAUCUAGAUGAUAGCAAUGAAAUUAUGAUGGCAGAAGAUCUAAGUACGAGAGGGCCUUCGAAUUCAACUCCUAUUCCAAGAGAAUCUCCUUCUUCUGAACAAAAUAAAACAUCUAAACCUUCCACAGUUGAUAUUACAACGAAUAACGAUAAUAGUAGUAAUACAAUAAGUGUUAGCAAUGGUGAGAAUGGAAGCAAUAGUCGAGAUAAAGAAAAUUCUAAGCCUGAACCAAGACAUUCUCUUUUGAGUGAAGUAAUGGACAAGAUUGGGUUAAGCAAUAUUCAACAAUACAACGAAGCUUAUCAAAAAGCUUUAGAAGAGAGUUCGCUGAAAAAUUCACUGAAAGAUGAUACAGAAAUAUCAAGCCAGAAACGUAAUUUUGCCACCGAGAAUGGACCUGAACGACUGAACAACAAAGAAGAUGGCAAUAACAACAUCAAUAGCCACGGAGGAAGUAACAAAUCAAUGCCCCUGCCUCCACACUCUAUGGAUUUCGGGCAUAGUAUAUUUGGUGCCUUCGAUUAUCAUCAUCAUCACCAUAAUAAUACAUUUGAAGCGACUAAACGUUUAAAACUUGAUUUUACUGAUCAUAUAAGGAAUAGCAAUGACAGAGAUCCGUUAUACGCAGGUUUAUGGUUACCAUCUGUGCAUGGAUCCUCGAGCAGAGAAAUAUAUGAUACGGAAUAUUCCCGCCACAUCAAAUCUUCCUCUUCUGAAAGUGCCUUGAAGUCAGUCACCCCAACUAAUAUGAGCAGUAGAUCGAUGAGUCCACGUCCAGGUACCAGUGGAGGUGGAGCAUCCGUCACUCCUAUUCCCGGUAUCCUGGUCAAUUCCUCUAAGAGUGGCGCAAGUACCAAGGAACAACGCCGCAACGACACCUGUGAAUAUUGCGGCAAAGUGUUCAAGAACUGUAGUAACCUCACCGUGCAUCGCAGAUCACACACUGGCGAAAAACCGUACAAGUGUGAACUUUGCAGUUACGCAUGCGCUCAGAGUUCAAAGUUGACACGACACAUGAAGACGCAUGGGCGUCUUGGCAAAGACGUAUACCGAUGCCGGUUCUGCGACAUGCCGUUCUCUGUGCCGAGUACUUUGGAAAAACACAUGAGGAAGUGUGUCGUGAACCAAAAUGCAACCGGUGUAACCUACAUGGACAGAGACUCAGACUCAAAAGACUUGACAUGAAACAAAUACUUCACGUCUAAUGUGUUUCCAAGAAUUUAUUGAACAAAAAUAAAUAUAUAAAUAUAUAUUAUUUUUCAAUUUCUCUGUGAUGUGGAAUUUUCUUUUUAUGUGGCUGAUGGCCCUUGAAACUUUAGCCCAUACAUUGGUAAUUUGGAAAAAUUAUGUGUGCAUGUGUUCUUAGUGUGAUGGUUUUAAAUUUUAAAUCACACACACUCUCCUAUGAAUAUUUGAAGAGAAAUAUAAAUUUAAGAAAAAAGCCUUCCCUUACUGUUGCAUAAUGACCACAUUUUUUAUGUGUGUGACUGAAACUCAACUUUAAAAAAGUAAAGAGUAUUUAGUUGUAUGAAAUAAGUUUGAUGAUUCGUUAGAUAUAGGCUAUAGAAAGUUUUUGAAAAAUGUCUUUUUAGAGUUUUGAUAUAAAAAAUUCAGGUUGUAGUUUGAAACAAAACUAACAUCUCUAACAAGGGCUUAUUUUCCUUUCUUGCUUUAUUCUUUUCAAAAGCUAUGGACCAAGCGGCUUUUUAACUUUUUCAUUUAGCGCUUCUUUGCCUUUUGUUUAUUCUUUUUCUGUUUCAUAUCAAACAAUUUCAUAUCAGUAUGCUUUUAUAUUCUUCGUCUAAAAAACAUUUUUAAAUAUUGAAAAAAGAACUGUUAAAUAUUUUUUGUAGUUAAAUACUAAAUGCCCGAUAUUACCGUGUUUUGAGGUGGUUACAUUUUAAACACUUUUCUUUUAUAUUUAUUCGACGAAUCUAUCUCAGUUGUGUCUAUAGCCAUUUGUGGUAAAAUAUAUUUUGAAUGAAACGCCAUGCUGUAUGAUGUAAUUUGAAGAAAACAGUUUUUUGGAAUCUAAAAAAAAAUGAAUAUCUUUUAUGAAAAAAAUAUUUCCUUAAAUUUUAUAUGUUCGGCUUGAAACAAAAUAGUUUUGUGCUUUUAACUCAAAAAUUUUGAGUUUAAAAGUUAAGAACUAUUAAGAAAGAGUUGAACAUAAUUCUUUUUACAAUUUCAAUAACCGUGCUUUCCAAGAAAAGAAGGCAAAUUAAUACCAGUUUGUAUAUCUCCUACUGAAGGAGAUAAAAAAAAAUUAUACUGAAAAUGUUUUCAGGAAAUAUUUUAGGAACUCGUGGGUUUUUCAAGUUCUUUAAAAUAUUUAUAUUUCAGUGUUUUGAACUUCUGUCAACAUUUCAAUCUGAUGUGUAAACAAUGUGGGAAUAACAUUGUUAACAGUUUCAUGUAUACGGUUACAGUUUCUUUGGGUAUAACUAUAAACCGCAAAUACCUCUUUUAAUUCCUAUAAUUAGACAAGAUUCCGAUUAGCAAAAGGUUUGCUUAUGGUAAAUUUGAAACAUUAAUUUCAAAUAUUUUGAUCUUGGAAAUUAAAAUAUAUUAACAUUUUAAGUAGAUAACAAAAUUUUCUUAAUUUUAUUUUCCAUAUAUAAGAGUUUACACAAAAAGACGGAUAAUAGUAGAAAUAAAAGAAGUUUAAUCUUAGUUUUUCACCUAUAUUAAUGUGUUGUAUAAGAUUUUCUUAUAAUCAUUAAUAAUUUUUUUAUUGAUUUUUUUUAUUCAAAAAAGUUUAUCAAAUGUGUUAUAAUCACA